ACGUAAUCUAUGUUUCAACAAUGUAUUGGACAUCUGGAAGUGGUAGUGAGUUUUUCCCGCGUUUUAAAUUGAAUGUUCAAAGAUGGGAGGUGAGAAUGAUAUCGAUGAAUCUAUGGAUAUUGAAAUUUUACCGUCAACGAGUGGUUAUAACGUAAAAAAUAACAAGCAGAAAGAUGGAAAAUUGGAUCACUUGCCAUGGAUCGAAAAAUAUCGACCGCAAAUAUUUUCCGACAUCGUUGGUAACGAGGAUACGGUUUCCAGAUUAUCGGUUUUUGCUCAACAAGGCAAUUGUCCCAAUAUCAUCAUUGCUGGUCCACCAGGAGUUGGUAAAACUACGACUAUAUUGUGUUUAGCUCGUAUUUUAUUAGGACCAAUAUUUAAAGAGGCAGUAUUAGAGUUAAACGCUUCGAACGAUCGAGGAAUAGACGUAGUAAGGAAUAAAAUUAAAAUGUUUGCUCAAAAGAGGGUAAAUCUGCCAAAAGGAAAACACAAGAUAAUAAUUCUAGACGAAGCUGAUAGCAUGACUAGCGGUGCUCAACAAGCAUUAAGGAGAACGAUGGAAAUAUACAGCAACACGACUAGAUUUGCGUUAGCUUGUAAUUCUAGCGAUAAAAUUAUCGAACCAAUACAAUCACGCUGUGCUAUGUUAAGAUAUGGAAAAUUAUCGGAUGCACAAAUUUUAGCAAAGAUUAUCGAUAUUUGUAAGAAGGAAGAUGUUUCGCAUACGGAUGAUGGAUUGGAAGCAAUAGUGUUUACCGCGCAAGGUGAUAUGAGACAAGCCCUAAAUAAUUUACAAUCGACGCAUAAUGGUUUUAAUCACGUAAAUAGUGAAAAUGUUUUUAAAGUUUGCGACGAACCACAUCCAUUACUCGUUAAAGAAAUGCUUGAAUUUUGUAAAGAGGGCAAUAUUUCCAAGGCAUACGGGGUAAUGGAACAUUUAUGGAAAAUGGGUUAUUCAGCGGAAGAUAUAAUUAAUAAUAUAUUCAAAGUUGCAAAAAAACUACUCAUCGAUGAAACGUUAAAAUUAGAUUUCGUAAAAGAAAUUGGGAUAACUCAUUUGGGAAUAGUGGAUGGAGUUAACAGCUUGUUACAAAUGAACAGUCUUCUUGCCAGACUUUGUAAAAGAGCAUUGCAGUGAAAAAAAAAAGAAAAAAAAAAGAAAAAAGAAAUGUACAAUAACAAGAUGUAGAAAUCGAUAAUUUAGAGAAAAAAUUUAUUUAUA